AUGGUGAGAGAUGGGCAUCAAUCGCAAACCGGAAUUGCCGGCCACAUAUCACCCAGCACCGCGGAGUUGAUCCUUGAUGAUGGUCUAAUGCUUGAUUUGACAUUUCAACUCUUUGACAGGGAAAUAUCGACUCCAACAUCUCUCGUCCAAGCGAGCAAUGUGCCGACGAUGAAGGCAGAUUGGUUCCUUGCGCCCGAGACUUGGAAGAUCUCGCAUGGAGUUGAGCCUUCGUCGGCGCUACCAGUUGGAAAAACAACGAUGAAGAACUACAUGAAGAUAUUGCAGUCGUGGUUUGAGCGUUGGGUCACCACCGGCAGUAGUCCACUGUUUCAUCACUGUCUGUACAGUACGAACUCACCGGCAUGUGUCCAAGUCGCAUAUGCCACGCUUUCUAGCUAUAUCUACCGAACAUCAGCGAACACAGAAACCAUACUCCAGAUUGUCGAGGAUAGAUCAAAUGAUUUGCUUCGGGACAAUGGUGCUACCUUGGAUAGGGUUGGCGACGACAAGUGGGCUGACGAAGAGCAUCAAGAUGUUGAACUUUUCGUGCAAUUGACAAGGCUUCAUGCGCUUCUGGUCUACCAGAUCAUUGGCCUCCUCGAAAGUGACCUUCGCUCCCGCCACGUUGCCGAAGGUCGUUUAGCUGUCCAAACCAGCUGGGCUCGGAAACUCUUCCAGUCUGCCGGCACGGUGUUGUCCAAUGCCCACAGCGUGGAUACGCAACUUGUGGGCUUCUUAUCAAUUGCAUCAAACUACUCGCAACAACAAUGGUACCUGUGGAUCUUGUCUGAGAGCAUCCGCCGCGUCUGGCUCGUCGCCGUUAGCUUGUCAAGCAUUUUUUCCGCACUGCAACGGGGGUGGGGCACCUGCCCCGGCGGAAUCAUGUACACUCAUCGUAGCGGUCUUUGGAAUGCCGCAAGCGCCACCGAGUGGGAGAAGCAUUGUUCGGGGAAACAGGUAGAAUUCUUGCACCGCUUCGGAAGCACGAAGCUCUUCGAUGAUGCAGAACCGGCAGACGUUGAUGAAUUCGGCACGGCCAUGCUGGACAUGACUUUCAAUGGGGAGUUAUUAGAGAGAUGGAGGGGCGGAAGUGUUCGCUCGAACUGA